AUGAAGACCUCCGCUCUCCUCACCAUCAUUCUCGGAGCUUCCUCUAUCCUCGCCGGCCCAUUGCCAGAUGUCUCUUCACGAUCUGACGAUGAACUGAUUGUCCGCGAUUUGGAGGAGUAUCGCACUGAGCUGGAUGCUCGCGGAUUGCAUACUUCCUGUAUCAUCUCCAUGGCUAGCUGCCUCGCCGCCUAUGGCCUGAUCGGCUUCCGCUACCAGGAAACGAAGAUCGUGUAUGACUACGUGAAGCCCUGGGAAAUAUGUGCUGUGAAGGCUAUCUUCUCGGGUGCUUGUAUGGAUGGUAUUGGGGAGGACGUGAAGAGCGAGCCUGGCCAAAUGUUUCGGUACCAUAUGACACACGGACUCACCGAUGACAGCGAGUGUAGGGGUAUUGAUUGCGAUGAGCCAGGGACGGAUAAGGGUUGCGAGACCUACGGAUGCGGCAUCUGCGAUCGACAGGUCUUCAAGUGCAGCGAUUAA